CCUGCACCGUAACUUGUCUUCGUUCUUCCAAGGAGUUGAGAGGUCCAGAAGAUUCCCUUUAGUCUAGAUUAGUUCCCUAUGACAAGUUAGUAGUAACCAGUUCAUGUAACUGGUCAUGCCUUGCGUACAUAUGCUGACCGUGUAUGGCGUUUUCCCGUCAUGUCUUUCUCCUUCAUCUUCUGUUUCCGUUAUAUGCAGGCCUUCUCGCUCAAACACCAGUAAGGCGCACUUGUUGUCUUCCUUUCUGUACCUGGUCAACGUGACGAGCAGUUACUUGUUGAUGUUGAUUGUGAUGACAUACAACGCUGGACUGUUCGUUGCUGUGGUUCUGGGUCUAUCGUGCGGUUAUCUGAUCUUCCGGAGGCCUGCUGUGAGAGCCAACGAUGCCUACUCGGCAGAGACCUGCUGUCCGUAACGGCUGACGUUUUCCUUCCCUGCGGCGGACUGACAUGUUUUGCGAGGUGUCCAUGGCGAUGGCAGCAGCAGUGACAUCAGCACUUUUUCCGGGAUUCUUUUACUUUUUUCGUGCAAGCCAAUUAGCGAGAGACGGCGAAGAGUGUCCCUUUUUUUUAAUCUCUUGGCGAUUGACCCAUUGCACAUGCAACAGAUCUUGUUGCCGAACAGACGACAAAUGGAUUUACUCCUGAUUCCAGGAGGCCUUUACUUCUUCGUUCCAGCCAUUUACAAUGCGAGAGAUGGCGAAGAGUCUGUUUCAUCUCUUGAUGAUUGACCGAUUGCACAUGCAAGAGAUUUUGUUGCAGAGCGAACGUCAAACGGAUUUACUACUGAGUCUGCCCUGACGUCAGCACUGCCAAGGGACGGUGAUCAGUGAGGAACUAAAGAGGGCUAUCCAUACGCAAUGCCAGAUGGACAGAGGGUUUCUGAUGAUCGGUGAUGGGUUGCAUUUGCAAUCGCUAUGUGUUGCCUGAGGAGGAGGGACACUUCGUGUAUGUUCUGUUGUGGAGAGUGGCGGAGUGGUGGUGGUCUCCCCCCCCCCCCCAACAUUGACGCACAUUACCUUCUGGAGGCGCAGCUUGUGUGCCAUCGAGCAAUGCAGACAGGUAUGUGCUUAACAUGUAUAUAUGUUGUACUUCUAAUUUGGAGCACAGAAAGCAAGAGACCUCUUCCAGAAGGGGAACGAUCUAUAUCUAUCAGCCCAGCUGCUGAUUUACGUUACACCAGCGCUGCUACCGUGCGAUCACCGAUCACGGCGAUCAGCAAAGGGCUAGGGAUUAGCCCAGAUGCCCAGAUCUGAAUACACAUAAAUGACCAAAAGCCGAUGCUGAGAACAUGAUAUGCGAAAACAGUUGAUCAUGCCCCUUUAGCACAGGCCAUGGGAGGUGACCCAUUUGUGUGAUGUGACUCAUGUUCAGUUAGUCAGAUACCGUAAGCUUUACAGGUAGAAGAUUCAAAUGUAUUGAAUGUGCCCUCAUCAGGAGACAGACAGGACUCCAUCCUACCUGUGGCAAUUUCCCGCCAUCUCGCAGACUGGUGCUUGCAUUUUUAUGUUGCUUCAACAGUUGAUCGACUGUCUGCCGCGCUCUGUUCGUUACCUGUGUCUGUGUGAACUUCCUCUGUUGGAUGUCAACGAUGUUGACGAGACAAUUGACUUUUCAGCUGUGUUAUUUCUCGAUAGUGUCGGCUGUUCUUGUUAUUGCAUAGAGAUGAUCAGUACUAUUCAGUAGUAUAGGAUGGAUUGGCAGCCAGGCCGACGGACUAGCUCAGUUGAUCUCGCGCGCAAGUGGCAUUCAGGAGGUCGUGGGUUCGAUCCUGCACAGCCGCCUGCAGCUGGCUUCGUGUCCACCAGCUGAGAUAGUUGGCCUGGCUGGUCGUGGUACGCUGCUAUCCCUUGCUGGGUGGGGCUCAGAUAGAGGCCUCGCCCUGGGAGCGAGAGAUAAAUGCUUGCGCUGGUA